AGGGCUGUUGGAAAUGUCGUUUCUUCUCUCAAACAUUUCUCCUUCUCUGCUCGUUCAAUCCAAAUCCAAAGAAAAUCUCAUUCACCAAACUUCUUUAACAAAGCCCACUCCUUCAACUCCUCUCCUCUCUUCGUCUCCUCUCACCAAACUCGAAACCCCACUCAUUCGCCGUGCGCAGGAUAAGGACCUCCCUAAUGCACAGGAUAAACAGAAGGACGAUUUCUACGUUAAUCUCGGCUUUGCUGUGAGGACUCUUAGAGAAGACUUGCCUUUAAUUUUCUCCAAGGACCUCAAUUACGACAUCUACAGAGAUGAUAUAACGUUCAUGGACCCAUUGAACACCUUCACCGGAAUCGACAACUACAAAUUGAUCUUCUGGGCCUUGUGUUUCCAUAGCCGAAUUCUGUUUCGGGAAAUUUCGCUUGAAGUUUAUAGGAUAUGGCAGCCUUCUGAGAACGUUAUACUAAUCAGAUGGAACUUGAAGGGUGUUCCCAGGGUUCCAUGGGAGGCAAAGGGGCAAUUUCAGGGGACUUCGAGGUAUAAAUUGGACAGGAAUGGGAAAAUUUACGAGCACAAAGUCGACAAUUUGGCUUUUAAUUUCCCACAGCCAUUGAGACCAGCUGCAUCGGUGUUGGAUUUGGUUCCUGCCAUCCCGGCUAGCCCCAAUCCGACAUUCUUAUGGGGGCCAACAGAAGCAUACUCGUCGGCAUGGUUGGAGUUUUAUCGGGCGGUGAGGGAGACCUUGUGUAGUGAAGGGUAUUUACUUAUGCAGGAUGGGUUGGUUACAUGUUCAUAACAGCAGCGGAUUGUUAAGUAUGCUCGUUAUCCUGUAUUUUAUAUCUGCUUCAUACUUCAUGUAUCAUAUGCUCUUAUACAGCUCAUUUGUAGUUUAGGAACCGAGCUAAUGUACAUAGGCAGGAAUGUUGGAGCAUUCAUGUUCUUGUAUUGUGGGGAAUCUACAAGAAGUGGGUGCAUAUUUGUUGAGUUUUUA